AUGGUCGCACUCUCGAUCCUCGACCUCUCGCCGAUCCCCGAAGGCGCGGAUGCGGCGCAGGCCUUCGGCAACACGGUGGAGCUCGCCCGCCAUGUCGAGCGCCUGGGUUUCCGCCGCUAUUGGCUGGCCGAGCAUCACAACAUGGCGGGUAUCGGCAGCGCCGCGACGGCGGUGCUGAUCGGUCACGUCGCGGGCGCAACCGCGACCAUCCGCGUCGGUGCCGGCGGUAUCAUGCUGCCGAACCACGCGCCGCUGGUCAUCGCCGAGCAGUUCGGCACCCUCGAAUCGCUCUAUCCGGGGCGCAUCGACCUCGGCAUCGGGCGCGCGCCGGGAACGGACCAGAUGACUUCGCACGCGCUCAGGCGCACGCUCACCGGCGACGUCAACGACUUUCCCCCGCGACGUGGUGGAGCUGCAAAGCUAUUUCCAGCCGACACCGCCGGGCAGGCGCGUGCGCGCGGUGCCGGGCGCCGGCCUCAACGUGCCGAUCUGGAUUCUUGGUUCCAGCCUCUUCGGCGCGCAGCUCGCGGCCGCGCUCGGGCUCCCCUACGCCUUCGCCUCGCACUUUGCGCCCGCGGCGCUGAUGCAGGCGAUCCAGGUCUAUCGCGAGCAGUUCCGCCCCUCGGAACAGUGCGCCGCGCCUUACGUGAUGGCGGGCUUCAACGUCUUCGCCGCCGACAGCGAGGAGGAGGCCGCCUAUGUGCGGAGCUCGGCCCAGCAAUCGGUGCUGAACCUGCAUCAGAACGCCCCCGGCCCCCUGCCCCGCCCGGUGCGCGGGUUCGAGGCCACCCUGGGUGCGCAGGAGCGCUCCAUUCUCGCACGCUGGUUCACCUGUUCGGCCUCGGGCACGCGGAGACGGUGGCAGAGCGGCUCGGGGCGUUUGCCGAGCAGACCGGCGUGGACGAGAUCAUGGUGACAUCGAACAUCCACGACCACGCCGCGCGGUUGCGCUCAUACGAGAUCACGGCCGAGGUCGGCGCCGCGUUGGCUGGCGGCUCGGCAGCGCAGGAGGCGGGGCAAGCGGGGUGA